AUGGCUGGCAUUAUUGGAAAUAUCGGACAGUUUGACGAAAAUGUGGAACAAUGGAGCUUAUACACGGAGCGAUUUGAAUACUUCCUGCAGGCAAAUGCCAUUGAGGGUGAGAAGAUUGUGCCGACGUUCCUCAGUGUGAUGGGCGCAAAGACUUUCACUUUGCUACGGAGUCUCGUACAGCCUAGGAAACCAGGUGAGAGCACUUAUGCUGAAAUUGUGGCAGUGUUGAGCGCACAUUUUUCACCUAAACCGCUGGUGAUAGCGGAACGAUUUCGGUUUCACAAGAGAAAUCAGGAAGAGGGAGAAACUAUUACUAUGUUUGUGGCUGCACUGAAGAAACUUUCUGAACACUGUGAAUUCGGCGAUGUUUUGAAUGAUACUCUCAGGGACAGGCUCGUUUGUGGAUUAAGAAGCGAAGCCAUUCAAAAAAGGCUGUUAAGUGAAAGUAAUCUCACGUUGCAGAAAGCCACUGAAAUAAGUGUAGGCAUGGAACUUGCUGCUAAAGAAGCACAGCAUUUCAGUAGCUCAGAUAAAGUUUAUAAAUUGUCUGCUGACAUGAGCACAUUCCAGAAGUCCCUUGGCAAAGGAAAUACCCAGUGUUGCUGGCUGACGGUGCGGAUGGUGUCAAGGGAAAACACAGAGCUCAGGGGUGUUCUAGGAAAACAUACUGAUGUUUUCAAGGAUGAACUGGGCACGUUGAAAGACAUUACAGCCAAGCUCGACAUUAAGCCUGAUGGUAAGGCGAAGUGUUGUAAAGCCCGUCCUGUGCCCUAUGCUAUAAGAUCAAAAGUCGAGACCGCUCUGGAAGACCUGGUAACCAGUGGGGUCAUUGUACCAGUGAGUAACAGUGAGUGGGCAACGCCUAUAGUACCCGUGCUUAAAAAGGAUGGUUCCAUUCGAAUUUGUGGUGAUUUUAAAAUCACAGUAAACCCUAUACUGUCACCUGACCAGUAUCCACUUCCUCUCAUUGAUGAUCUGUUUGCUGGCUUGGCAGGGGGAAAGCGGUUCAGCAAACUUGAUUUGAGUCAAGCCUACCUACAAAUGAAAGUCGAUGAGAACUCUAGGGAGUUGCUGACAAUUGUUACACACAAGGGGCUUUUCAGAUACCAGCGUCUUCCUUUUGGCAUCACAUCGGCCCCUUCGCUUUUCCAGAGGGCCAUGGACCAGGUGUUAAGUGGCCUGUCGGGGGUGCAGUGCUACUUAGAUGACAUAUUGGUAACAGGAAAAACCGAAGCGGAACAUCUGAGUAAUCUGGAUGGUACACUCCAGCGCCUAAAAGAAUAUGGUUUAAGAGUGAGAAAAGACAAAUGUGAGUUUUUCAAGCAGUCAGUUGAAUAUCUGGGUCAUGUGAUUGAUGCUGAUGGACUGCACAAGGCACCUUCAAAAGUAAGAGCUGUACUAGAGGCUCCAGCACCACAGAACACCAGUCAGCUCCGCUCGUUCAUAGCCCUUCUAAAUUACUAUGGAAGAUUCGUCAAUGGAUUGGCCGCAUUGUUGAAACCAUUGCACCAACUUCUGUGUCGUAACCAGUCGUGGAAAUGGACACAGCAGUGUGAGACCACUUUUCAAGAAGCUAAGAAAGCUCUGGUGAAGUCCGGUGUGCUAACCCAUUUUAAUCCAAAGCUUCCCCUGAAGUUAGCCUGUGAUGCAUCACCGUAUGGGGUGGGAGCUGUGAUUUCCCACAUCAUGCCUUCAGGAGAGGAAAGGCCAAUAGCAUUUGCCUCAGGCACGCUGAACAAAGCAGAGAGUAAAUAUGCGCAAAUUGAGCGAGAGGCUUUGGGAAUCAUUUUUGGUGUUCGGAAAUUCCACCAGUAUCUGUAUGGCAGGCAGUUUACACUGCUAACUGAUCACCGGCCUUUAACCACUAUUCUUGGGCCACACACAGGUAUUCCCUCUCUGGCAGCAAGCCGAAUGCAGAGAUGGGCACUGCUGUUAUCAGCACACACAUAUGAAAUAAGGUAUAGGAAGGCAGAGCAACACGGAAACGCAGAUGGUUUAUCAAGACUACCAUUACCUGUGACAUGUCCCGAGAGCAAGCAGAAAGAUAAUUUCUAUUUUGAGCAAGUUACAGUGGCUCCAGUGACCUCUACGCAGGUGAGAAGAUCAACACGGAACGAUCCAAUUCUGUCUGCAGUCAUGGAGAUGGUAAAAGAUGGACACGUGCCUAAGGACACCAUCAAUUUGAAGCCGUACCUGUCUAGGAAGAAUGAACUCUCAUUUCAUUCAGGAUGUCUUCUCUGGGGACAAAGAGUCAUCAUUCCACCCUCGUUGAGAAAACCAGUCCUCCAGCAGCUCCAUGUGGGCCAUUGUGGUAUUGUGCGAAUGAAGGAAAUAGCUCGGAGUUAUUUUUGGUGGCCUGGUCUGGAGGGGGACAUUGAAGGAAAAGCAAAGUCAUGUCCGUCCUGCCAGCAAGUGAGAAAUGACCCUCAAUUGGCUCCAUUACACCCGUGGGACUGGCCAGAAACUCCUUUGCAGCGUGUACAUGUGGAUUUUGCUGGUCCAGUCGAAGGGAAGAUGUUGUUAAUAGCGGUGGAUGCCCAUAGCAAGUGGCCUGAAGUUGUUGUCAUGCACUCGACAACUGCCGAGAAAACAGUAGUGAAACUGGGAGAGAUGUUUAGCCAUUUUGGCUACCCGGAACAGCUCGUCAGUGACAAUGGGCCCCAGUUUACAUCGCAAGAAUUUGCUGUAUUUUUACAACAAUGUGGGGUACAACACAUUAAAUCAGCUCCGUACCAUCCAGCCACAAAUGGUCUUGCAGAAAGGAUGGUUCAAACCAUCAAACACGCCUUAAAGACAUCACAAAGACAAGGGAGCCUACAGCAGCGCCUGAAUGAUUUCCUGUUGUCUUACCGAAAUACCAGCCAUGGGACAACAAAGGUUUCUCCAGCUUCUCUGAUGUUGAAGCGUUCACUGCGCUCUGGAUUUGACUUACUGAAACCUUCUACUGUCAAAGAGGUGGUAGCGCGUCAGCAACAAAAGCAGUUUCAUAGAAGAAACAUGAAGGCUAAAAGCAGACUGUUCCAUCCUGGACAAAAUGUUCUGGCACGCAACUAUACUUCAGGAUCAAAGUGGGUACCAGCGACAGUGAUAGCUCAAACUGGCCCAGUGUCAUAUACUGUACUAACAUCUGAUAAGCUUAUCUGGAAAAGACACUUGGAUCAGCUUUUGCUGGGAUCUGAUACUGAGGUAGAGUCUGCUGUUGUCACACCUACUGUUUGUUCGGACUAUCCAAUGGUUCCAGAAGUGACCGUGGAUACACCUCUUACACCAGAAAAAGGACCUGCGCCACCCGAGCCUGAAAACAGUCCGCAGAAGCAGAACUUGGAAAAACAACCAGACUCAGGAUCCAACAUAUCUGUUUCGGAGUCCAUGUCAAAUGCAGAACGCCGUUAUCCCAUUAGGGAAAGACGCCCACCUAAAAGACUUGACUUGUAG